AUGAGUGGUGUUUUGUACUUGGUUGUACUUGUGUGGGGCACUUUUUGUGCUUCGAUGAGUGGUGUUAGUCAUGGGAUGUAUGUUGAUGGUAGAAAUUAUGCUGAUCCUAAUCGAUGGAAGGCUGGUCAUGAUAAUUAUUGCUCGUAUGCAAGUUGGAGGGGUUGCGGCAGUUUCUUUGGAAAUGGCGGUAGUGAUUCUAAGAACGAUGAAGAAAAUGUACAAGGUGGAGGUGGUGGUGGUGGUGGAGGAGAGGGUGGAGGUGUUGGUGAAAAUGGCGUGGGGUAUGGUCAUGGUAGUGGAUUUGGUGCUGGGGUAAGCGUUGGGCAUGACGGAGGAGGAGGUGGAGGCGGCGGUGGCGGUGGUGGAGGCGGAGGCGGUGGCUCAAGUAAUGGUAUAGGUUAUGGGGGAACCGGUCAAGGUAGAGGGUUUGGUGCUGGGUUUGGUGUAGGUGGGGUUAAUGGAGGACAAGGGGGUGGGGGAGGAGGAGGUGGCGGUGAAGGUGAAGGAGUUGGCAAUGAAGGACAAGGUCGUGGUAGUGGUUUUGGCUCAGGCGGAGGAGUAGGAGGCAUAGGAGGAGGUGGAGGUGGUGGAGGUGGAGGUGGAGGUGAAGGUGAAGGAGUUGGCAACCAAGGGCAAGGUCAUGGUAGUGGUUUUGGUGAAGGGGGAGGAAUGGGCGGCAUAGGAGGAGGUGGAGGUGGAGGUGGAGGUGAAGGUGAAGGUGGGGGAGCUGGCAAUGAAGGACAUGGUCACGGUAGUGGUUAUGGUGCAGGUGGAGGAAUGGGAGGCACAGGAGGAGGUAGUGGUGGUGGUGGAGGUGGAGGUGAAGGUGGAGGGGUUGGCAAUGGAGGGCAAGGGCAUGGUAGUGGUUUUGGUGCAGGUGAAGGAAUGGGAGGCAUAGGAGGAGGUGGGGGAGGAGGUGGGGGAGGUGGUGGUGUUGGUAACGAAGGAGAAGGUCAUGGUAGUGGUUUUGGUGGAGGUGCAGGUGGAGGUGUAGCAGCAGUUGGCAUGGGAGGAGGAGGAGGAGGAGGUGGUGGUGGUGGUGGAAAUGGAGGUGAAGGCUAUGGAAAUGGCUUUGGCGCAGGUGUUGGUAGUGGUGUGAGUGGUAUGGGAGGAGGUGGUGGUGGUGGCGGUGGAAGUGGGGGUGGAGAUGGCAGUGAAGGAGAAGGUCAUGGCUAUGGUAGUGGUUACGGUGGAGGUGGAGGUGGAGGUGGUAAUGAAGGUUAUGGUCAUGGUAGUGGGUUUGGAGGUGGCAUGGGCAUGGGUGGAGGCGGAGGCAGAGAAGGAGAUUAUUAUAACAAAAAUGGUGUUAACAAUGGGUUUGGAAUUGGAUUUGGCAUGGGCAUGGGUUUUGGUUUCGGCAUGGGAACAAGCGGAGCAAAGGUCACCACCAAUCAACUUGAUGCCAACCAUCCUUAG